AUGUUAGGCGCGCUUGUGCGUGCUGAUAACGAUGACCUGUCAGAUGUGCAAGAUUCAGGAACACACUGCGGAAACAUCACCAUACCCGUAGAACACGGGAGUGAAGAAACAGAUGCAGCAGCUGGUGAGCAGUAUCGUUGUGUACCAUGCAUGUUUUCAAACAACUGCCUAAAGAACAACACGUGCGCUCCAGGAACCACCGGAAGCACGUGCGAGAAAUGUCUCGUGACUGAUGGGGCUGUGUUUUACCGUCUCGGCAACACAUGUAUCCCUUGUGCACAAUUUCCAUGGCGACUUGUGAGCUUCGGCAUCUUCUUGAUUGUCUGUAUCAUCGCAGCAUUUUGCAAUGGAUUCACACCUUCAGUGUCAACAAAGAUAAAGCUCUUGAUACAGGUUCUGCAAUACUUGGUUUUGACGCUGCACAUCAAGAUAUUGUGGCCUGAGAAGAUAUUGCAAGUAAUCGAAGUGAUUGAUUUCGGCUUCUUCUCAUCUUAUUUGCUGACACCAGAAUGCAUUUUUCCAAGGUGGUCACUUGUUCUGAAAUACUACACGGAAUGGCUGUCGUCCAUCGGUGUACCAGUUGUGAUAUUCAUUGUCUUCGUUCUCGUUGACAAAAAGCUGAGAUGGAAAACAACUACCCACGCCGGUCCCAGUCCGGACACGAUCGUCGCGACUGGAGACAGACGGACGGUUGAACGCAGAUUUUUCUUCCUUGUUGCCAUGGCAACGUACGCACCAAUCACGUUGUCUGCGAUUAGAACUUACCUGUGUUCAACCACCGUGCCCAAGGAGCUGGUCCUAGACCCCACACAGAACGUGUUUCUGCUUGACAACGAUAUAUCUUGUGACAAGUUCGUUUUCCAGACAAUCCACUUCGUCGCCAGCCUAGUUCUGUUUGUGGUUGGUGUUCUCAUGCCGAUACUGAUCGUGUUCUUUACCCUAAGGCAGCGGAAAUGGGGGCUUCUUAACUCGCAGUGGAAGAAAUAUGGGCCCAUCUAUGAACCGUACAAGAAUCGUUUCUGCUUUUGGCAGGCCUUUCCAAUGAUUCGGACACUGGUAGCCAUAGUAAUCACAGAGACUUAUCCCUUCCCCGCGUUUCUGCAGACGACAGUUCAGUUUGGCAUGACAGGUUUUUACUUGAUUCUAUUACUUGUCCUCCGUCCAUACAGACCCUGCUACUGGGUUCAUCCUUCGGUGAACAUCCAUGCUGUAUUUGAGAUCAUGUGCACAGUCGUUCUGCUGCUCGUGCAAGGUGUGGCUUUCUCUAUGGUGAUGGGCCACACCCUCCCACAUUCUGACAUCGCCACUAUCGGCUGCGUCACCCUCUUGAUGGUCGUCUGGCUGAUCGUCAUGGCAACCGUUCCCCUCGAAGCGGAGCAGGAGAUACCUGUGGAACACGACGGAGAUGAGGGGGAAUCCAUCGAGAGAAAGACGGCCAGUCAGAAAGGCAAACGCAAGUUGAAGUUUUGGAAGAAGAAGCAAGUCGGGCCCGACCCAGCGUUCUUGGAGAAGAUUGAGGCGAACAAAGACAGAAUCAAUUUUUAA